GUUUUAAUUUGUUUUCUUCACCUGCAGGGCCGAGAAAAGGAUCUGAUAGUGAUGUCAUGUGUACGGUCCAAUGAACACCAGGGCAUUGGAUUUCUCAACGACCCCCGUCGGUUAAACGUGGCACUGACACGUGCUCGUUAUGGUCUCAUAAUUGUGGGCAACCCCAAGGUUCUAUCAAAGCAGCCUCUCUGGAACCACCUGCUGACCUUUUACAAGGAGAACAGGGUGCUGGUCGAGGGUCCCCUAAACAACCUCAAGGAAAGCCUGAUUCAGUUCAGCAAGCCACGCAAACUGGUCAACACGGUGAACCCAGGUGGUCACUUCAUGAGCACCACUGUGUUUGACGCGCGUGAGGCCAUGGUGCCUGGCAGUGUGUACGACCGCUCGUCCCAGCUGAACGGUGGACCAGACUGGCGAGGCACCGGCCGAGGAGCCUGGGCACCCCUCAAGGAGAACUUCACUGAGACCGGUUUUGGCCGGCACCACGACCCAUUGGCAUACAUUGGCCCUGCCGAGCGGGCGGCGGCCAAUCCGGGCCUGCCCGUUCCUGUCGGGCUGUUCAUGAACAUGGCACAUGUUCCACCACGCUUCUACAAUCAACACCAGCAGGCACUGCAGGCACGGCGAGGCGCUGCUGGCCCGGCAAAGGGUCCCCCACCCCGCCGCACAGCCCGCAAUCAGCAGCAGCCUCCUCCAGGGCGGCGGGCCCCAUCAGGCUCACAGUUCAACAGUCAGGCUAGCCAGGGAGUGCUGUCCCAGCCGGGUGGCAGUGGGCCACUGUCGCAGCCGGGAGGAGUGGGGGGUGCCCUGUCACAGCUGUCACAGGAGAGCUGCUUCCUGGGGGAGGAGCUUCGCUCGCAGGCCGAGGGCAUGCUCUCCCAGGACUCGUCCUACCAGGGGGACCGGCACUGUUUUGGACAACCGCCAUCCUCCUCCACAGCCCACUUCGCAGCACAGCAGCCCUACUGAGGAGCCAGGCAGCGGCAGCAGCAGCAUCAGGCAGGCGGACUGAGGCAACAAGGCCAUGGGGGCCCCCCAGACAGGGGGACCGUGGGGCAGGGGCCAGCCCCGGGCAUCGCGCGCCGGCGCACCACCCAAAGUCCGGGACCUGAAGAAUGAGGCCGGGCCACGCCCCCCUCUUCCUCCUCUCCAUCACCGCCGGAGGCAGCACCACAACUGCGCAGGCUGCGAAUAAACAAGGCACUGUGUGUGCGCGGCGCGGGCAGACA